AUGGUUUUACAGAAUAACAGCUUUCGUGGAGAAAUCCCACCGCAGAUUGGAAACUUGCUUCGACUCCGUCAUCUCAUUCUUAGCAACAACUCAUUUGGUGGGUCGAUACCGUCCAAUCUUUCCCAUUGCUCAAACCUUAGGACCUUGAAUCUCAUAGACAACCAACUUGUUGGGGGAAUUCAUUCCAAUCUUGGUUCCUUACGGAAGCUUGAAUACUUGGGCUUUUCUGUCAACAGUCUUGUAGGUCCUAUUCCUCCUUCAUUCGGAAACCUCUCGCUGCUAGAACAGCUCUCCCUACAGCAAAAUGCAUUACACGGAGAAAUACCUGAGGAAUUGUCUAGACUCAAGAGGCUGUUUUUCUUCCAACUAUCAUUCAACAAACUAACCGGUGAGAUUCCACCAGGGAUUUUUAACAUCUCCGGAAUUUAUGGCUUCAUGGUCGCGGGGAACCAGUUGCGGGGAAGCCUUCCCUCUAAUAUCGGCACCACUCUUCCUUCUCUCAAUUACCUUGCCACCAGUGAGAACUUGUUCACCGGGAUGAUUCCGUCAUCAUUAACGAAUGCCACCGAUCUCUGGGGACUUAUUCUUUACAACAACAGUUUCCAUGGACCAAUACCGAAAAAUUGGGGAAGGCUAAGAGGCCUUCGCAUAAUUGCCUUGGGUCUUAACCAGUUCCAGGAUGACCUAAGUUUUAUUUCUUCUUUAGUUAAUUGUUCCAACUUAGAGAUUCUCAAUGUGGAAUCAAACUUGAUUCAUGGAUCGUUGCCGACAUCCGUCUUCAAUCUCACCAGUAUUAAGAGAAUUUACAUGGCAGCUAAUUUCAUCCAAGGAACUAUGCCUUCAGCCCUCGGAAAUCUCUUCAACUUGUCUGCCUUGAGCUUAGCAUAUAACUCUCUAACAGGUUGUAUUCCUGAUUCCAUUGGGGCACUUUAUAACUUGCAGAUACUGGCUUUGGCUGGAAACAAGUUUACCGGAGACAUACCAUUUUCAAUUGGUAACAUGACGCUGUUAGGUUACCUUUACCUUCAAUCCAACAACUUCCAAGGCUACAUGCCGCAAAGUCUCGGCAAUUGCAUGCAACUACUUGAGCUCGAUCUUUCAAACAACAAUCUAAUUGGCUCGGUUCCAGUUGAAAUCAUGGGUCUUUCUUCCUUGGCGAUCUUACUCAGUCUAGCGCAUAAUAAUUUAAAUGGAUCUCUUCCUUGGCAAAUUGGCUCUUUAAUAAAUCUCGCCGAGUUAGAUCUAUCUUACAAUAGAUUGACCGGCUUAAUUCCGGCCUCCAUUAGCGGGUGCUUGAGAUUGGAACGGCUUCACUUAGAAGCUAAUUCUUUUCAUGGUCAAAUCCCCCAAGCUUUACGUCCAUUACGGGGCCUACAAGAGCUGGAUCUUUCCAAUAACAAUUUUUCUGGUCCAAUCCCGAGCUUUCUCAUAGAGCUCUCUCUUCUCAAGUACUUGAAUAUUGCCUUCAAUGAACUAGAAGGACAAGUUCCAGAGGGCGGAGUUUUUCGUGAUGCAAGUACUGUAUCCGUUUUUGGAAAUAGACAACUCUGUGGAGGUACUCCAGGUCUGAAGCUUCCUCUUUGCAAAUCACCAAGCUCUAACAAGUAUUCUACAACCAAGACCAUGUUGAUAUAUGGGGUAGCUGUCAGUUUGUUAUGCUUAACAUUGCUGCUCCUGUUUGUCUUGGGUUACUGCAAAAAGAAGCGGAUGAGAACCAAUGCCUCGACAUCAUCGUCCUUCGAGCACCAAUUCUUGAGGAUUUCUUUUGAAGAACUCCUUAGAGCUACUAACAGAUUCUCUGAGACCAACUUGAUUGGUAAAGGGAGAUAUGGCACGGUUUAUAAGGGGAUUCUUGACGGCGGUGCCACGGUGGCGGUGAAGGUGCUCAAUUUAAUGGAAAGAGGUGCUUCGAGGAGCUUUGUCUCUGAAUGUCGAACUCUAGGAACCAUUAGACACCGAAACCUCGUGAAGAUACUCAGUGUCUGUUCAAGCAUGGAUUUUUGUGGCAAUGACUUCAAAGCUCUAAUAUACGAGUUCAUGGCUAAUGAAAGCUUGGAGGAGUGGCUGCACCCUGGAACUAUAGGACAAGACGAUGAGCAUGGCGAAUUGAGAAAUAUAAGACUAGCGCAAAGGUUGAAUGUCGCCAUUGAUAUAGCUACUGCGAUUGAAUAUCUCCAUAAGGGUUGUUCUCUAGCAAUCGCCCAUGGAGAUCUAAAGCCAAGUAAUAUACUUCUGGACAACAACAUGGUGGCUCGAGUAGGAGAUUUCGGGCUUGCAAAGAUUAUUUCAAGAACAUCUACCGAAGCCGCAGGAGUACAGGACCAGGGGAGUUCAAGUUCAACCGUAGUCAAAGGAUCCAUUGGCUAUGUGUCUCCAGAGUAUGGCAUGGGACACAAGGUUUCCACGCUUGGGGAUGCAUACAGUUACGGCAUUCUAUUAUUGGAGAUGUUCACUGGAAAGAGACCCACUGAAGAGGACUUUGGGCACUGUCUUAAUCUUCAUAACUUUGUUCAAAUGGCUCUUCCAAAUCGAGUGAUGGACAUUGUAGACUUAAGUCUUUGGAGUGAAGCUGAUGAUCAACAACGGCAGUGCAAGAUCAGAGAUUGCAUAAUCUCCGUAUUCGAAGUUGGAGUCGCAUGUUCAAUGGAAUCACCGCCGGAUCGAAUGGACAUGACUGAGGCGAUCGGGAAAUUAUGCUCGAUCAAGGCGAGUUAUGAAACCGAAGAGAGGAUGACACGUAUGUAGUUAAGUCAAUUAUCUUGUUGUACAUUGGAACUCUUUCACUAGUAGAGACAAUCAUCAUGCAAAGGCGGUGCUAGCAAAUUGACAUGAAUGUCUCCCAAACUAGUCUGUCUACCCAUACCUAUUAUGUGCUUUCUUAAUAAUAUACC